ACGUGUUGGAGACCCCCGCUGUAGAUUGUCUCUGUUCUACCUGUAACAACUGAACUUGUAUCUGAUGUGUUUCUGUCUCCUCUCACAGGAUGAAGAUGAUCUGCAGCAUCCUGCUGCUCCUCAGUCUGACCUCCUGUGUCUCUGGAUCAUUUGUAGUGAAUGUGACACAGACCUCCUAUCAGGCAGAGGAGAACCACAACAUCACACUGGAGUGGAUGUUCACAACCAGAACCCACAGUUCCCCCAACUCACUUUAUAUCUACUGUGAACUGUUAGCUGAUCUCAAACCCUUAGUCCUGUUUCAUCUCUAUGAAGGUGUUGAGCUCCCAGAGUCUCAGGAUGAACAGUUUACAGGACGAGUCCGGUGUGACAAAGACGUCCUCAGAGACGGACGAAUCAGACUUCACAUGUCCAGACUCAGGAUUAAUGACUCUGGUCGGUACACGUGUGACGUGCACACAGCUUAUGGUGGGAGCUCUAAGAUAUGUCAACUCAAUGUCACAGCAGCUGCUGAUGAGCCCAAACCUCUGAGACCAACAAUGAGACCACAACCAGAGAGACCAACAAUGAGACCACAACCAGAGAGUCGGGGAAGGAUCGGCCUCUACGUUGGACUGACAGCAGCUCUACUGGUUCUCUGUGCUGGACUCUGCUUUGCCUUCUGUCUUUCUUUUACUAAAUCUACUGAUAAUAGAGGAAACAUCGAUACAGCCGUACAGACGUUGAGUUUUUUAGAGAAACAACCCAUCAUGGCUAACCAAGCAACAACCUCCGGUGCUAAGAUAAGGUCGUGUCUAGAAGGUAACCCCCAAGCUGCGAAAAUGUAUGAAAACUCUUGCGGCACUCGCUGCCCGACAACCUAACCUA